AAUGAGGUGUCUUUUACACACAUUCUGAAAUCGCAUCAUGGCAGCCGACGUCAGCGCGCGGGUACACCUCGUGGCGGAGAAGCUGCAACAGAAGGCGCAGGAUGCGCAACGCAAGGGCAACGAGAGCGCUGCGCGUGCCUUGGCUUCCUCUGUGUCUGAUCUGCGCCAGGCCAUGGCGCUCAUCGCGGAGCAGCGGCAUCUUCUGGCGCGUCGACGCGGCGAAGGCGACGACGAGGAGGACGACGCCGACGCGCACGUCCAGGAGCUGGUGACACGACUGGCGAGAGUAGAGGCGAUGCUGGGCAAGAAGUCGGACGAUAUGAAGGCCAAGGGCAACGAAAACGCGGCGGCGGCGCUGCAACAGUCAGCGUCGACCGUGGAGCAGGGCCGCAAGCGACUUAUGGAGCAACAGCAGACGAUCUUCGGGCUUCUGGGACGCUGGGAGAGACUAGAGGGCGUUUUAGAUGGUAAGAAAAAUGACAGGGAGGACGACACGGAGCUGGAGACGCCUCAUGGACGGCAUAUUGCCCGAAUCCGACGCCUUGUGCAGCUUGAAGCUGUAGUUAUGGAGAUUUGUCCAGGGUAUACAGAAGAUGAGGUAAGAAAGGAGUUAGAGAGAUUGAAACAGGGAGACAAAGAGCUGGAGACUGCGAGAGAAGAUGCAGUGGAAGCUCAGGAGAUGCUGAAGCAGGAGAGUUUGGCGCUGGAAGAGUUGAAACAGGAGAUGGAGAGGAUGAAGGAGAAGGAAAGACUGAGACAGGAAGAGGACGCAAUGUUGCUGGAACAACAGCGAGAAGCGUGUCAAGCUAUGGAGCAGCUGGUACGUGAGAGCGACCAGGAGAUCCAGCGUAUGACGCAGAGCGCAGCGAUACAGGCAGAGGACAUGCAGGCGUUAAGAGUUGAAAUUGAGAGUAUGGCAUCAGAGAAGGAGAGGCUGGUGAGAGCUCAUGCUGCUGAGGUCGAAGAGCUUCAGGGACAAUUGGAGAGCGCGAUCGAUUCUCUCUCUACUAAGGCAGAUGAGAGUGAGAGAUCCGGUGCUGAGGAACUGGAGGAAUUGAGGACCCAGGUGGAGAGUUUGGCUUCUGAGAAGGAAGAACUGGUGAGAAAGCACGAGGAUGAAGUUGAAGAGCUGCGUCUUAAACUGGAGAAUGCAAUGGCUUCUGUUGCUGCAAAGGAUGAGAAUACAGACUCUAACGAGGAGGAACUCCAGGCCAAGAUUGAUGCGUUGACGUCCGAGAAGGAAGAUCUUGUAAAAUUGCAUGUAGAUGAAGUGGACGAGCUUAAGCGGACGCACUCAUUAGAGGUUGAAGGGCUGCAUCAAAGGCUUACAAGUGCUGAGAACGAACUGUCUACGAAGACAAAAGAAGAGAGUGCAGCCAAUGAUGAAGAACUUGUGUUGCUACAAGCCAAGGUCGAUAGCUUGACUUCAGAGAGGGAAGCGCUUGCUAAGUCUCACUCGGACGAAGUUGAAGAACUUCGGAAGGCAUAUACUGACGAGAUCGAGGAGCUUCGCAGUCAAAUUGAAAGUGCAACAGCUUCUUCCGCAAAUAAUGAUGAAAGUGAUGCGUCUAACGUGGAAGAACUACAGUCGCUACGGGAUGAGGUGAAGCACUUGAUCUCGGAGAAGGAUCAACUGACAGAAGUCCAUGCUAGCGAGCUUGAGGAAAUUCGGGAGGCGCACUUGGCUGAAAUCGUAGAGCUUCGUAACCAGCUUGAAAACACAGCAGCUGAUCUCUCUGCGAAUACUGCGUCAAGUGACGAACUGCAACAGCUGCGGGCCGAGGUCGGAGCCUUGACCAUUGAGAAGGAUCAUCUCGUAAGGGAACAUGCAGAAAACAUUGAGAAGCUUAAUCAUCAGCAAGAAACUGCAAAGAGCGAUGCAGAGAGCGUUUUAGGGGAUCAAGUGGAGUCUGAUGUCGAUGAAGAUGGAAAUGUUGGUGACAAUGGGGAGAACACCGAUGUGCCUGUGUUGGAACUAGAAGACGAGUUACACCCAGUGGAUACUGCAGAAGAUCAGGCCGAGGCAAGUUCUAAUGGCCACGAUGGUCCAAGUGACUUGAAUAAGGUGUCGGAGAUGCAGGCCGCUCUUGACGAGUUGUACUCUCGGAUUGCAGAGUACGAAGAGCGUGACCAAGCUCAGCAAGAUACAAUCAAGGAAUUGGAAUGGGAGCAAACUGAGUACGAGGAGCAGAUUGCACAACUUAGAAAGGACAAGGGUCAGGCAGUUGAUGAAUUACAGCGAACACGCGAACAGGAAACGCAAAGCGUGCAGACCGAUCUUGACACCCUUCAAGCACAACUUAUCGAGUAUGAGGAGCGUUGUGAGGCUCAGCUAAACACUAUUGCAUCACUGGAGAACGAGCAAGCUGAGCUUCAGGAGCGAAUUGAGCGUCAUACCAGAGAGAAGGAACAGGUGAUGAAUGAGUUGCAAAACACACACGGAGAAGAAACGACGCGCUUGGCUCAGCGUGUUGCCGACAGCGAAAGUAGAAUCGAGGCGUUGUCAGCUAAAGUGGAGGAGCUGAACAAGGCACUAGCAGCUAAAACAACUGAGCAGAGCGAGACAGCAGAUUCUCUUGAUCGCUGUGAAGCUGAUCUUCGUGCCGCUCGCUCUGAAUUAGACGAUCGGAUUCGCGAAUGCGCUCAACUGAAGAAUGAUCUGGAGGCUCUUCAAAACGCACAGGGUGUGAAAAGUGGAGAGGUUGAAGAGCACCUGACACUGCUGACUACUGAACUGCGGGAGGUGAUGUCCAUCUUGAGCUCUAGAGAUGACAUAGAUGCCGGUGGAUUCGUUGAUAAAGUGUGGCAAUCUCAAGAAACAACAGAUCUAUGCAGUGAGCUUGCCCCAUUGUUGACCGAUCUGGUUUCUGCUCAAGACCAACUGCGUGUGACGAAGGAGCAAUUGAAAUUGAUCCGUAGCGAAUGUGAUAAGCAGAAACUGGUUGUUAACGAAUUCGUGACGACAUCGGAUUGGCGCUUGUUCGCGAAGGAAGGAGAAGAAGACGUUGUGGAGAAGUUGACUUCUAGCGAAGAUGUUGACGAACUUUUGGCCGUUGCGAAGGCUAAUACUGUGCGUUGGCUGAACGAUCUUGAGCAGCUUCGCGAUCGUACCGAGAAGGACUCGGUCAAGAUUAAUGAACUUGAGCACGAGAAGCUGCAAGCACAAGAAUGUUUAGUGACUGCGGAGGAUUCAAUGCGCGAUCUCGAGGCACUGGUCGAGUCGCUUAGAGAACAGUUGACAGCGUUACGAGCUGAGAAGGAGGAAAUGGUCAAGGCUGCAGAAGAGUUAAAGGCUCAAAGCCAUUCUGCAAGUCUUCAGGAACAGCAACAGCAGGCAGCGCAGCAAGAAGAAGUCACAGAGUUGCAGAAUCAAUUGGCUAGCGUUCGAAAUGACUUUGAACGGUACCGUGUCCGGUCACAUACUGCACUGAAGAAGAUGGAGAAGCGCGCAGAACUGCUGAACGGUAUGCGGAAGGAGAACGAGGCAUUGUUGAUGCAAAUUAAGGAGAGCGACGAGCUACGAGAACAGGCAGAAGCUGCUCGUAAAGAGAGUGAAGCUCGACUACAGGAGGUGCAGCGUACACAGGAGAUGAUGCAGGCAGACUUUGACCAAUUUGCGAUGGAGAAAAACCGUGUUAUUGCUGACUUGGAAGAAGAAACACAGCGGUUAUUGUCGGAGAAAGAGCAGGCUGAUGCAAUGGUUCAAGAGUUAACUCUUAGAAUCCAGGAGUUAGAAAGGGAGAAACUGCAGAUCGAAGAGGAGUGUGAGCGCAUCAAGGAAGCGGAGCAGGUAGCUUUCCAAGCGCGUCUUAACACUGCCACAGCUGCAGUACAAACUGCUAAGCAGGACUUGCAGAAGGUGCACGAUGCGCUGGAAACAAGUAAAGCGGAGAAUGAAAAGCGACAGAGACUGAUCGAGUCGUUGGAGCUAAAGCUGAAGGAGCAGUCCAAGACAGUGUCGACGGCUGAGACGAACAGCACUCCCGUCCCCGUGCCACAGCUCGCUGGGCCCACAGCUGGACUCGAAAAGGAGUUAUCCGCUUUGAGAUCAUCAGAAAUGACGUUGAGGAAGCAGCUUGAUGAUGCCCGAGAAGAGUUAAUUGGCCUACAAGAGCGCUUUGCAACGACCAAAGCGGCAAACGCCGAGAAGGUCUUUACACUGGAGGAAGAGAGCAACCGCUGGAAGAUGGAGUCGGCUGCUGCGACGGAAGAAGUAUGUCGUCUGAAUACCGUGCUGGAAGCACGGAAGAGCAACGGGAACGUUGCGGCAGUGACCUCCUCAUCGACAAAGGGAGAUCAGACGACUCGAGUAAGUGGAGAGCAGUCACAGGAGCUGUCAGACGACGUUCAACGACUGAAAACCGAGCUACAGGACGCCAAUACGGAGAUCUCUUUACUGUCGAGAGCUCUGGACGCUUGUCGAGAAGAGCUGCAGGCUGCACGUGAUCAAAUUGAAAUUCUUGCUCCGUCGUCCGAGCCAGAGAGCGGUGAGGAUUCGUCUGGUGUCUCCAAGACAUCAGCAAUGCUACUGGCCAAGGAUGAAGCACUGAAGAAGCUGCGCGUGCAGGUUCUCGAGCUGCAAGAGGAGCUGCAGGCACUUCGUGAGGAGAAGAAAGCGCUGGAGCUCGAAGCCGAGAAAGAAGAACUCGAUGAACUGCAAGCUACGCGCAAACACAUCCAGUCCGAGAAGGAGCGAGCGAUGCAGCUUCAACGACGACAGACACUUGUAUCAAGCUUCGAGAAACAAGUAGCGAGCAUCGUGGAAGAGCUACAGAAGCGAUUGGAGGAGCAUUCAAGUGCCUUCCGUGACGUUUGUGACUUCCGUGACGAGCAUCGCACUACGCUCCUGUCCGACGGAGCCGAGAGUGCAUUGGGGAAAACUAACGAGCCGGAGUUUGAGGAGUGUCUGGUGAUGCGGAGCGGCGUGGUGAUCAAGGCCGGCGCGAGUUUCCAGCUACCGGUAAUCUGUGAGAAGAGCGGAUGGCGUGUGGUCUGGAACUUUUCAGUAAAGGAAGAAGCUGCUGAUGUCUCGUUCAAGUUGUCUGCAAUGACGGAUACGUCCACUGAAGCGGAGGUUGUGUCGCCCGAGAGGAUGAACGAGAUGUCUGGAGUGUUCCAAGUGCGACAGGACAACACGACGCUGGUGUUCGAGUGGGAUAAUUCGUUCUCUUGGCUAAAUGAGAAGACACUGGACUACCACGUCUCUAUCCAGGAGCCCCUGACUCCAGAGGCCAAGAAGGUUCGACGUAGUGAGCGUGAGCUGCAGACUAAGGUGAAGCUGUUGGAAGAAGGUUUGAGUUUGAUCCAGAUCGAAGCCCAGCGUCGCUCGGAGUUAUCAGCCACGCUGCAGCGACUCAGUGAAUGGGAAGCGACUAAGGAGAAGCAUCUGACGGAGUUUGGCGCUCGUAAAGCGGAGGUGUUGGAGAAGAAGACGAAGUUUCAAGAAGAGAUGGAUGUCCAGAAAGUGGCGUUUUCAGCCAUGCUGAGAGAGCAGGACGAGCUGGAAGAUGUGGAGCGGAGUAUAACCCGCGCGUGGGAAGCUGCCAUGGCUGAGCGAGAAGACGUCGAGAUGACGUUGCAGCUUGCAGGUAAUGGCGCCCAGUUGGAGACGCUGGCUCACGAGCUGGAAGAUCAGGUGAAGGUUGUGACGGAACAACUGAAGAAUCCAAAGCCUGUCGAGGAUAUCGUGGAGGACGAAGAGGAGAAAGUGAACAAUGAGGUCUCUAUACAACAGGGAGAGGCUUUAGACAACUGAAAAGUGAUGGAAUAUAUUUCCGACAGUCAGGUGCGCUGGGGUGUGUAUACAGCGCUGAGGCUAGCGGAAAGUUUGUGAAACUAAUGCGACUAGACGUAUGGCCACCUCCAAAGUUUAAGAAGAGGGCCAAGUCAUUCAAAGCACGCGGCUUGAAUCGUUGCCAGAGGGUUAUAAUAGCACCAAUCCCAUGCGGAAAAAAAACAACUCUAGAAAGUGGCGCUGGAUUUGAACGUGAUGAAAUGCGACCUUGCAAUAGCGAGCGCUGCUUCAGUUGGAGCACUCUGUGGAGAAGGUUCUAGAUGCUCUUGCCUGAUCAAUCAAUGCAAGUUGCGUCGAAAUGGUACGUUCACUUUUGAGGUGCAUCAAUGGUACAAGUACGUGGAUAGCUUGAUGUAUCGUCACGCUACAGAUCAAACGGUACAGGCUGUUUCAAACAACAUGCUGUCGUAGAGCCACAUGCACAUAGGCAACAGUUCUGUUGGUAUAAAUGCACCCAAGCUACCGCAACAAGGUGCAGGACGAAAGUCCUCUAUCUAAAACGCCUGCGUUGCCACUUUUCACUGAUACUACAAGUGUCAAGUCCACUACUAUUUCGCGUUGAUCUGCUAGGGUAUCCGGUUUUCGGGGAGGCAUUUCAUGGCAGCAGGUUACAGUACCCUCACGCUCCAACGACUAGAGAGCAUCUGCUCCCUUGGCCGCAAAGUUGGCCGGUACUGUAGCGCAUUGCAAACACCCGCACCGCCGUACACAAAGCAAAGCUUCACCAGUUCGACCAUAGAGCGGGAGUGGAGCGGUGCCGGGCGGACAGUCCGCCAAAAACUAUGAGAUUCGGCAAAAAUGCCUACCUGCCUCUUUCAAGCCUGGAAAGGUAUUUUGGGCGACCCCCCAAAUCGGGAUUGCAUCAAUUAAUCUUGGGUCAAAUUCAAAUUAGGCAUUCCAGUUCCAUACAAUUAUCAAGUCAGAAAUACGAACCCUGAUGACUGCGAAGACCCCAUCGUUUCGAGCUCGUAGUCUCGUCCAAAA